AAGAACGAGUCGUUCAUGAAUCGGGCAUCACAAUCAGCGUCGUAUAACGGGAUCUGUGACUCGACAGGGCGAUGGCUCGGACACUACACCGAGACAAAAUAAAGCUGGACACGGAAAACCACUGCACUCCAUCGCACCGUGUUUAAUAAGCGCGUGACUGACAGCGAGCGCGCGGCCGGCGGUCCGGUGACGUCAGAGGAGCGGCUGUCCUCUCAUUGUCUGUAAAACCGCUCGUUUUCGUCACUUAUACCUGAUUUAAACGCGUCCACGUGACUUCUGUGUUCUCCGCGGUCGCGUGCUACAUUUAAAUGUGUAAUCUAAGAUCAAAUCCUGUUUGUUUGUGAUCUGACACGCUGUUUGUGUAUAAAUCAGAUGGGAGUCAGUCUGGUGCUACUGUAAGCUGUGAUCAGAAGAUACGUGCUUUAUAACGUGUUGUGUUUGCACUGCAUGCUGUCAGAACUAGUAUGCUGCUUGAUAUAUGUUGACAGAGCUGCGGCUGGGGGUCAGAUUGUGUCCGGACACCCCAGCCAUCCCCCCGAGGGCCGUGGCUCUGCUGGACCCAGAGGUCAGAAGGGGCCCAGGGGUUUCUAGGGGCCCACAGCAAUUUCCUAAUCGUGCUUUUAAGAAGGUCCCAGAAUUCCUAUCUCCGGCCGGGUAGUGGGCUGUCCAUGCCGGUGUCCUGCUGCGGGACCGUCCAUCACGGCUCCUCUCCGAGGAGGAUCAUCCAGAAGAAGCCGGGAAUCAGGACUUGUUUGAGUCAGCCGUGUUCUUCUGUUGGACUGAGGAUGCUGCGGACCGCUCUAAGUCUGGAGCGAGACGAGGAGCAGGAGGACGAAGGAGAAGACCUGAGGGAUGGUGGGAUCCCGUUCAUUAUUAACAGGGGGGGUCUGCCCAUAAACGAGGAGACCUGGGAGCAGAUGUGGCGGCACGUGGCCCGCAUCCACCCGGAUGGAGAAGCAGUGGCCAGGAGGAUACGGGGAACCAGCGACCUCCCCAAGAUACCAGUACCAAGUGUGCCUACAUUCCAGCCCAACAGCAGUAUUCCCCAGCGUCUGGAAGCCAUACAGAGAUACAUCAGGGACUUGCAAUACAAUCACACUGGAACACAGUUUUUUGAGAUCAAGAAGAUCAGGCCACUCACAGCAUUGAUGGACAUUGCCAAGGAAAUGACAAGAGAAUCUCUACCAAUUAAAUGUUUGGAAGCCGUUAUCCUCGGAAUUUACCUCACCAACAGCAUGCCGACUGUCGAGCGGUUUCCUCUCAGCUUUAAAACGCAAUUCUCAGGGAGUCAUUUUCGUCACAUUGUGCUUGGUGUCCACAGUGGCGGUCGCUUUGGUGCUCUGGGCAUCAGCCGCCGCGAGGAUUUGAUGUACAAACCGCUGGAGUACAAAACACUCACGGACCUCCUUCAAGAGUUCCAGGUGGCUUAUCGGAGAUACUGGCACACACUGUGCAAGGUCAAGAUCGGUCAUUAUGUGUCACACGACCCACACAGUGUGGAGCAGAUUGAGUGGAAGCAUUCGGUGCUGGAUGUGGACAAGCUGUCCAAAGAAGAGCUGAGGAAAGAGUUGGAGAGACACACUCGGGAUAUGAGGUUGAAGAUUGGUAAAGCUGCUCCACCAUCACCGCCUAAAGACAGGAAGAAGGAUAUGGGAUCUCCUCUGAGGACCCCAUGCAGUCCGAUGCGCAAGAACAGCCAAAGCGACAGACGGUCAUCAGUGGAGAAGCGGUCCGGGCCAGCAGGGCCCGCGGCUGAUUUGAACGGAUACCAGAUCAGGGUCUGAGAGACUGACGAGACAAAGGCCGAAACACAGCCGUGAGAGGAUGAAGAUGUGUGUUCACUUGAAGAUGUAUCGUGCUACACAGAAUGUGUUCACUUAUAAGGGUAGACAUGAACACCUUCUCUAAUCGUUCAUUCAGUAGAAUAGCCACAUUAUGAACAAUGCAUCAUAUAUUCAUUUCAAUACUUUUCAUAUUUAAUCUGUAAAUACAAUGCAAGUUAACCUUUAACUCUACUAGAGGAUAGCCUGUAGUCCAUUUUUUGGGCCUUGGAUCAGUUUUUGGACUGCAAUGAUUUUCUGGCUCAGUAUUUUUGCCUUGUUUUCUGGUAUAGUCUUUACAUUUCUAAAUCAUUCAAGAUACUUUUUAUUUUGAAGCAAAACAACUUAAUUUUGAGUCUUGUUUUCUUUGGGGAAAAAAAGGAAGUAGAAAGUAUUUGCUGGAAACAAGAAAAAAAUAUGUGUCACUGGUGUCAAAUGUUUAGAUUUAUUGUUUUGAGCCUCUAGUAAAUAUUUCUUGAUAGA